AAAGGGAUAAUAUUUUAUUUUGUGGUGCACAUUCCUUCGUUGGAAUAUUCUGUGGCUCUGUCUCUCACUCAUCCUUUGCAGGAGUAGAGUAAUACAUUACAAUACAAGGGGUGCAUUGCAAAUGGCUUCCGUUGUUGCAAGCUUGCCGCCACCAUUGCUGCUCCCUGCUAGAAAAUCACAUAUGGGCAACUUCCCAAGUUCCCCUGUUUCUCUUCUUUCAGGGAGAUGGAAUCGUGUUUCUUUUGUUGUGAAGGCUUCUGGAGAAAGUUCUGAAUCUUCAACUACCCUUACUGUUUUUAAGUCUGUUCAGAAUAUUUGGGAUCAACCUGAGGACCGACUGGGACUUAUUGGUUUGGGAUUUGCAGCCGUAGCAGCGUUUUGGGCAUCAACAAAUUUGAUUGCGGCCAUUGACAAAUUGCCACUUUUCCCAACUGUACUGGAAUUAGUUGGAAUAUUUUACUCCGUGUGGUUUACUUAUCGCUAUCUCAUAUUUAAGCCUGACCGGGAAGAGCUUUUUCAAAUUUUGAACAAGUCAGCAUCAGAUAUCUUGGGCCAGUAAGAUGUGCGGCCAAAAUUCUAUGCUAGAUUGGGAGGAAAAGGUGAAAGAAGGGUUUGGGAGAAGGGGCUUUGGUUGUCUUCACUCCAAUCGUAAAUGUCAGUGCAAGGAUUAUUUAUUCGGUUUAAGACCACCAUAUUACAUCAAUGAGUUAAAGCUUACUUCUUUUGUGUUGGUUACUUUGUAUACAAUUUUAACGAAGUUCCCUUGUGCAUAAAACUCUUGAGAAUGAACUAGCCUAAA